AUGGUCAACAAAGGCAAGCUCAAGAUGGCCCUCGCGGCCGAGAAGGGUGUCGACUUCCAGAAGUUGCACCAGAAAAAGGCCGCCAAAGCCGCCUCCAAGAAGAAGGGCCCCCAGAGCGAGCCGGAAAGCGACGACCACGACGAGGAGGAGGACGAUGACGAGAGCGGAAGCGAAGACGAAGACGAUGAAGUCGGUCAAUCGAUGCCAUUGAACGACGAAUCGGAUAGCGACUCCGAGGUUGAGAUGGAAGAGAAGAUUGAGCGCAAGCCAAAGCCUAUCCUCAAGAUUGCAAAUGCAAAGCCGUCAAAGCCCGGAGCCCCAAAGGACGACGACGAAGAUGAGGAGGAAGAGGACGAAGAAGACAUCCCCAUGUCUGAUUUGGAGGACCUUCCUGAGGACGAGAAGGAGGAUCUCAUCCCCCACACUCGCCUUACCAUCAACAACACAUCCGCUCUUCUGGCUUCGUGGAAGCGCAUUGCCAUACCCACAGACAAGUCGGUUCCGUUUGCCACGCACCAGUGCGUCAUUAGCACCGAGACUACCGCCGACGGCAUUGAGGAUGUCCAGGACGAUUUGAAGCGCGAGCUGGCUUUCUACAAGCAAUCGCUGGAGGCUGCCAAGCAGGCGCGGAGCCUUCUCAAGGCCGAAAAUGUUCCUUUCAGCCGCCCCAACGACUACUUUGCUGAGAUGGUCAAAGACGAUGGUCACAUGGAGAAGGUCAAGGCUAAGCUAUUGGAGGAGGCAUCUGCCAAGAAGGCCUCGGCUGAGGCUCGCAAGCUGAGAGACCUCAAGAAGUUUGGCAAGCAGGUGCAGAAUGCCAAACUUCAGGAGCGUCAAAAGGCUAAGCGCGAUACUUUGGAGAAGAUCAAGUCGUUGAAGAGGAAGCGUCAAGAAUCUGGCGGAGAUGUGGGCCAGAAUGAGGCCGAUUUGUUUGAUGUUGGUGUUGACAAUGAGCUCCAAAAGCACAGCAGCAGUCAGAAGCGUGGUGCUCGUGAGGGCGGACCUAACCUGAAGCGUCAGAAGAAGGACCAAAAAUACGGCUUUGGUGGUAAGAAGAAGCACUCCAAGUCGGGAGAUGCCAUCAGCACUGGAGAUAUGAGCGGAUUCAGUGCCAAGAGGAUGAAGACGGGCACAAAGGGCAAGCCUAUGAAGACUGCCAGGUUAGGGAAGGCAAGGAGAAAUGCUGGCGCUCAGAAGCGAUAA